GGACCGACUUCCGGCUUGCACUCUCGGCCCGCGCGGAAGCGGCCAUGGUGCGGUUCAAGCACAGGUACCUGCUCUGCGAACUGGUGUCUGACGACCCUCGCUGUCGCCUGAGUCUCGAGGACCGAGUGCUGUGCGUCCUCGUACGGGACACGAUCACCCGGGUGCACGGGACUUUCGGCGCAGCAGCCUGCUCCAUCGGCCUCGCGGUUCGAUACCUCAAUGCCUAUACUGGCAUAGUGCUACUUCGAUGCAGAAAGGAAUUCUAUCAGCUCUUGUGGUCCGCUCUGCUACAUGCUACUUCGAUGCAGAAAGGAAUUCUAUCAGGCUUGGAGAACAAAGGACAUCGCUACCCUUGUUUCUUCAACACGUUACAUGUGGGAGGUACAAUUAGAACAUGUCAGAAGUUCCUGAUUCAGUACAACAGGAGACAGCUGUUGAUCUUGCUGCAGAACUGCACCGAUGAAGGAGAGCGGGAAGCUAUCCAGAAGUCUGUCACAAGGAGCUGUUUACUAGAGGAGUCGUCAGUUGAGGAAGAGCUUUCAGAUGGAGGUGAGGAGGCUGCUGAAGUGAUGGAGUGAACUGCUUACCACACAGCAGGCUACCCAGUGUCCAAGCCUCGGCCCGCACAUUGAAACAGGAUGUUCUGGGAGGCAGCAGCAUCUACAGUCCUCCAACCCCGAUGGAGAAGUUGCUGCGUAAAUUGGACUGACUCACUUAAAACAAACUGAGUACCUUUACCUGAUGUAGUACUUCUGCAGGGUGUGAACGUUCUAUGGUUCUAGGUAUCUUUGUAUCUUAAUUGUUUGACUGAGGAAGCUUAAUGUAUUUGGCGUUUAUGGCAUUUAGCAUACUUACUUUACAAAAUGGCUUAAUAAGUUCA